AAUAGUAUCAAUUCCGGUGUUCAAUCAACUUGUUGACUAACAACAAUGUCCGAUAAUGCUUGCAAAAAAGAAGAUUUUUUUAAUAGUUAUUUCAACGAAUUAGAUGAAUACCAUAGUGAUAGUGAAAAUGAGGACAGCAAAAAUGAAGAAAAUGCCAAUGAAAUUUAUAGUUGGGAUCUCUUCCGUGAAUUCCCAAAAACGACUAAAAUUGGAUCAAUGGAAGAUAUGACUUUAUAUGAAUAUUCAUUGAAAGCAAUCAAAAUUUUAACUUAUUUGGUGUUAUUUAUGUUAAUUCUUUGUGGAGGAUUUUUUUCUAGAGCAACUAUUUUGCUUGCAUCCUCUCAGAUUGGACCAAAGCAUAUCAUGCAGUACUGUGAAUACCAUCAUCUAAAUAAAAAUAUAACUACCAUGAAAAAUUUUAUUAUCGACAUAUCAGAAGAAGGAAAAAUUAUGUGGUAUUGGUGUAUAUUGAUAGCUUUUUGUAUACCAGAGCUAGUAACAAGUAGUAAUACAAUUUAUCAUUUACUAUUUAAAAAGAAAAAAUUUCCAAAAAUGUGGGAUCUUUCGUUUGUAUGUUUUCUCGAAGGCUUUCAUGCUGCAGCUAUAGCAGUACUUUUUUUAGUAAUUCUUCCUGAGCUUGACUCGGUUUUAGCUGUAAUAGUCAGUAGUUGUAUCUAUUUUGUGCCUACAAUUCUUGGUCUCUUUUCACGUAAUAGACACGAUAAAGUGGGCCAUCAUUUUAUUGUUGCAAUUGUAGGAGAUGUAAUAAUACUCAUAAUUCAAAUCUCAUUUAUUGUUCUUCUACUUUGUUUUAAUCAGACUAGAUCCACUAUCAAGUGGCUGUUACCUUUAACACUUGUAAUUUGCUCAUUGCGAUGGUGGUCUAAUUAUAUUUCAUCAAAAAGUUCCUUCAAAAUCAUUCAAUUCCUCUGCCGCAUCAAAGAAAGAUUGGAAUUAAGUCGUGGUGUUGUGCAAGGAAUCAGUGCAAUUUUUCGAAUAUUAAUUUUUUUCGGAACUACACUUAUUAUCAUUUAUUUGAAGGAUUUAAGUCUCAAAAAUUUUUUAACUACAUUUCCAGGACAAUUAAUGUAUAAUGUAACUAUCAAAAUACCUCAAGAUGAUCUCUCUAAUAAUAGUGUAUCAAAUAUAAUUGGAUAUUACAUGGCUUCUUCACAUGUAGUAUUACUCGUGUUAUUGAUUCAUGCUGUAGCAUCAAUAAUUACUUUUUCAACCAGUAAAUUUGCUAUUAGAGCAUUAAUGCAAUCGUUUGGAUUCGCACUGCCUGUUAGUCUGAUAGUUCCAGUGACUAAUAUUUUACUUCUGAUCUUCUGUAUUGUACAAAAGAAUGAUCCUUGUGUUUUAGUUAAUUAUAUUCCAGAUCAUCUAUUUUUUAACUCUCCUGAAUAUGACACUUUGAUGGAUGCCUUGUCUCAGUGGCAAUGUUGGCUUUGGAUACUCAUGUUUCUAUCUCAGAUAUGGCUCACUACACACAUCUGGAUUCCUCAUUGUGAAAGACUUGCAAGUGAAAAACGUAUUUUUGCAGUCUAUUCAUAUGACUCGUUAAUAAUUGAUCAGUCGUUAAUACUUAAUCGACGAAGAGAUCUUUUAAAUGACUCUUUAAAUCCAGAGGAGUCAGGUAAACAGAAAGAAAGCUUUGAAGGAUUCUCAGAAAUAUUUUCUAAAAGAACGUCAUCUGUCAUUAAACCUAAAGAUAAAAUAACUAAAGUAUUUGCGUGUGCAACUAUGUGGCAUGAAACAAAAGACGAAAUGAUGCAGUUUAUCAAUAGCAUUUUGAGAUUAGACCUUUGUCAAUCAGCCAUGAGAUUUACUUUGAAGCAGUAUAAAAUUCCAAUUAAUGAUUACUUUGAGCUUGAAGUACAUAUCUUUUUUGAUGAUGCUUUUCGGUGUAUGCAUGGCUGUGAAACCGUUUGUGAUCAUCAUGAAGAUGAAACCCGAGUUAAUGACUACGUAAAAACAUUUAUAGAAGUAUUUAAAAAGUCUGUUGAAAGGCUUUGUAUAUGUGCAUAUCCACCGACAAAAUAUCCAGCUCCAUAUGGAGGUGUGCUUGAAUGGAUUCUUCCAGGAAAAAAUAAAUUAAUCGUUCAUCUGAAAGAUAAAAAUAAGAUCCGUCAUAGAAAACGGUGGAGUCAGGUCAUGUACAUGUAUUACUUACUUGGUUAUCGAUUAAUAAGUCAACCGAUCCACUUAAGCCGGAAAGAGAUAAUAGCAGAAAAUACUUUUAUCCUGACCCUGGAUGGAGACAUUGACUUUCGACCUAAUGCAUUAAAAGUUCUUCUUCAUUUGAUGAAAAGAGACAAAGAUCUAGGUGCCGCAUGUGGUCGAAUUCAUCCUAUUGGUUCAGGUCCUAUGGUUUGGUUCCAAAAAUUUGAAUAUGCAAUCGGUCACUGGCUUCAAAAAUCAACUGAACAUACAAUUGGUAGUGUUUUAUGCAGCCCAGGCUGUUUUUCUCUUUUUCGAGCCAAGGCAUUGAUGGAAGACAAUGUAAUGAGACGAUAUGCCACCAAGUCAGAAGAAGCGAAACAUUAUAUCCAAUAUGAUCAAGGUGAAGAUCGAUGGCUAUGCACUCUUGUUUUGCAAUCUGGAUAUCGAGUUGAAUAUUCAGCAGCUAGCGAUUCAUACACACAUGCUCCAGAAACAUUCAAUGAAUUUUAUAAUCAACGUCGGCGUUGGAUUCCAUCAACUAUAGCUAAUAUUUUUGAUUUAUUAAGUAAUUCGAAAGAAACUAGGAAAGUUAAUGAAAAUAUAUCAUGGUUAUAUAUUUCAUAUCAAUGGGUUUUAAUGGGAAGUACAAUCCUAGGUCCAGGAACAAUCUUUAUGAUGCUUGUAGGAGCUUUUAUAGCUGCUUUCAAAAUUGAUAAUUGGUCUAGCUUUUCUUACAACUUGAUACCAAUUAUGAUAUUUGUAAUAAUUUGUUUUACUUCAAAAUCUUCAAUUCAACUUAUAGUCGCUGCAAUCAUUUCUACAAUUUAUGGUUUAGUUAUGAUUAUUGUUCUUGUUGGUAUAAUGAUCCAAAUUGCGGAAGAUGGAUGGUUAGCUCCGAGUACAAUUUUAUUCCUUAUUGUUGUGGGACAACUUGUUAUUGCUGGUUUGUUACAUCCACAAGAAUUGUCAUGUCUUCUAUGUGUUGUAAUUUACUACAUCACUGUUCCAUCAAUGUAUUUAUUACUUAUUAUUUAUUCGAUUUUCAACGUAAAUAAUGUUACCUGGGGUACCCGGGAAUCCAAAGCUGAUAUUCCAACUAAACAAAAUUCAUCACAAAAAGAUAGUCAAUCUUCAGAAUCAAAUAAACCUAAACUUUUUCGAAAAGAAUCACUGAAUUCUUCAUUUGCUUAUUUUUUCAAAUGUUUGUGUUGCAUGCAGAAUAGAGAUUCACAUCAAUCUGCAAAGCUCGAUCGUAUUGCUGAAACACUAAAUAACAUUGUUAUUCGUAUAGAUGAUUUAGAAAGAAAUAUUCAUAAUGAAGUUCAACCAUCAAGACAUCAAAUUCUGAAUUCUCCAACAGUUAAUCCUAUGCAUUCAGCCGAAACUGAUGAAAUAUGUGAAAAUGAACAAAAAAGUUCUGAGCACAUUUCUGAAUGUUCAUCAUCGAUUUCUUCGAAUGUAGAACCAGAUAAUGUGAGAGGAAGUAAUUAUCUUAUAAGUCCGCAUUGGAUUCAAGAUCCAGAUCUUCGAAAAGGACAAGUAGAAUUUUUAUCUCAUGAAGAAGAACUUUUCUGGAAGCAAUUGAUAAAAAAAUAUCUUCAACCACUUGACGAAGAUAAAAAAAAGCUUGAAAAAGUAGCCAGUGAUUUGAAAAAGCUACGUGAUGAGAAUCUGUUUAAAUUUUUUAUGAUUAAUGCAUUAUUUGUUUUUAUAAUUUUUUUGAUGCAACUCAACAAAGAUACAUUGCAUCUUCAAUGGCCAUUAGGAAUUACAUAUAAUGUUACUUAUCACAAAGGAAGUACUAUGGAGGUAUAUAUAGAGAAAAAUUAUUUACGCUUAGAACCAAUAGGUUGUCUUUUUGUUUUUGGAUUUGGUUUGAUACUUUUUGUACAGUUUAUAGCUAUGCUAUUCCAUAGAUCCUAUACUUUUAUUCAUUUGCUUGCAAAUACUAAUCUUAAAUUACAAUGUUCCAAAAAACCCAAAGAUAUCUUAUCCGGCGAUUUAUUAGAAAAUUACGUACAAGAUAUUGUCAAAGAAUUACAUAGACUCGCUGAAAACAAUGCCAAUCCAAUAUCUAAUAUGCAUCAGUCACAUUAUAUAGAACCACCUAAAAAACGGAAUACAAUUCAUACAUUACUAGAGAAUCAAGGACUGCGUAUGAGGUUGCCAACCAACUUUGAUAUGAUAUUUCGUCAAAAUUUAAGAUCUUCAAGAAUUUCACGAAGAAUAUUCAGUACUUUUAAUAACGGUCGUACAUCGUCAAUUAUUGAACGGGAAAUCAAUGAAACAUCAAAAAAUAAUUCAGCAGAAAGUUCUACAAUCUAUCAAAGUGUAGGAAGUGUAAAUGGAGACUGUACUAAUUCUUUCGGAUAUUCAAGAAAUACUACUACUACCACUCCAAGUAGUUAUGAUAAUCAAGCAUUUGUAUGUGAGCCAGAAUGUUCGAACACCUCCCAAUGUACUAUAAAAAAUACUAUUGUUCAUACAUAGGAUUUUUCAUGAAAAUUAGUUGAUACUUAAAAAAUUUUCAUUUAAUAACAUAAAUAAAAAAAAAAUUUUCUCA